AUGGGCGCCUCGGAGAGCAAGCUGACCUUCAAAGAAGAUGUCUUCCGUCUGGCUCGCGAGGAUAAUAUACCAGCCGACUCAGCAUGGUGGGCCCAAUUCUACCAACUUCCAGAAACAGCCGAAGACGUCUUCGCCCUGUGGUCACCCACAGACGUCCGCAAUCUCACUCAGAACACCGCAAGUCGCCCACCAGGUACACCACCAGUCCCGAAGAAGAACCUUGAGACUUUGGUCUACGCCUGUGUCGCUCGUCUCGAUGCCCUACAGCACCAACGGUGUUUCGCUGAUCCACAUCAGCCAAUUGCUUCGCAGGUCCUGAAUUGUGUGAGGAUAUUGACAAGAUUGCUGCCCUAUAUCUAUGAGGCGGAUCAUUUAGGACCGUGGGAGCAUGGCUUCUUUUGGCUUCCACGAAGGCCGGCGCAGAUAUGGAAUACCAAGCACAAUCGGCCCGGACUUCUUUAUGAUGGGUUGGCACCAGGGAGAAAAUACAAUGAGGAGGAUGAUGAUGGUGCUGAGGCUGGUGGAAAGGAUAUUGGACCACCGCUUGGUGAACAAUUGAUAGAUUUGCUGAUGAAAUAUCUGUUCUUCGCCGGGUUCACUCUGCCUAAGCGACUGGAUGCCGAUGGUCUGCCAGAUUUGAAGGUCACAUAUCAUAUCUGGAAUAGUGGAAUUGGAUGUCGGCAGUCAGUGGGUAUGACGCGAGAGAACGAGAGGCACGCCAUCGAGGUCAUGCGAUUACUGCUGAGCCUGUUCAGCCGUCAACUCUAUACACCCUCUCACAUCGUGGCAGAGACGGAGUUGCGAUCACUAUCCUACCUGACCACCAAGCCCGACCGACAAGUCGCCCUCAGCGUCAUAUGCUCGCUGCUGAACACAGUCUUGAAGUACAACCCCGCCUCCUGGCGCGUUCCCGUCGAUCUCACAACCUCCAUAACCGAGACUGACACAAAAGCCAAGCUUGCCAAUCUCUCCCUCGACCUUCUCCUAAUCCUAGUCCUCUAUCCAGAUCAGCCUUCGGAGCCAAAUGCCUACCGCAAAUCCCUCGGCCGUCUCCACCGCGUAGAAGACUUCCAAUUCAUACAACAAGGUCUCACCACGGUCCUCAUGCAACCCAUCUCCGGCGUAUCGUCGUACCUCCCUUCCGCCGUGGGAGGCAGCAGCAAGCAGAUACCAUGGGCGCCGGAAAUGCUUGCCCUGUUCUGGGAACUCCUGCAGGUGAAUAAGCGGUUCCGGGCUUUUAUCACAGAAACGGAUCGAGCGCACGACUUCGUGAUUCUGGUGUUGUUUUAUUGUAUGAGCGCCAAAGAUGAUCGGGGCAAGCAGGGAAUUGUGAGGAUGUGUGUGCUGAUUCUGCAGACGAUGAGCGUGGAGCCUGCCUUUGGAGGACGACUAAAUAAGCCGUUGAUUGGGCAUGAUAGUCUGCCUUCUGUGCUCAGGAUUCAUAACUUCCAUGGAAGUUAUGCAGACUUCCUCGUAACAACUGUACACACCCUCAUGACCACGACACAGGGUCGAUUGGAAUCUAUCUAUCCUGCUCUCCUAGCCACCAUCAAUAACAUCGCUCCGCACGUACGAGAUCUGCAACGAGCCACCAGCUCGAAACUUUUGGAGCUGUUCGGCUCAUUGUCAACACCCGAUUUCUUGCUGGAAAAGGAAGCAAAUCAUCUACUGCUAGAACAGCUUCUGGGAGCACUCAACGCUAUCCUCGAGUAUCAGGUCGAAUCUAAUCGCAGAUUCGUGGACGUUGUGCUUAGAACGCGCAAACGCUUCUAUGCACUGCGGGACUUCACGGUUGAAGGUGCGCUGGCGGAGCUUGAUCGACAAUCGCAAGAGCGCAAAGAUCGCGGUGAGCUGGUCGGCCCUGCUGCUGCGGGUGGAGUAAGGAGCCCUGUCCGUGGUGGUUCGAUCGAUAGUCUGCGGAGCCCGGCCUCGACGAGGUCGCCGCAUCUUGGAAAUGUGCCCGAGCAUGGUGCUUUUGCUAUCGGGGACGAUGAGGAUGACGAGGCGGAAGAGGGAGGCGAGUUGAGGAGCAGUGCCUCUUUCACGGCGCCCCUGAGUGCAAGCAGUAGUGUGACCGAGGACGCCGUACCGCUGCAAUCUAGAAGUAUGUCCGAGAAGGCUAGAGGCAAGCAGCCGGUCGGUCAGGGCUCUUUCUCGAGGUCGACGAGUAGGAACACGAGCACGGCUAGUUUGCCUGCUCUUACUACUGCGCAGUCGAGUAGUGGACUUGCGGGCGCACCACCAGGACAGGGAUUUAGAGCGACGCCUGAGUGGAACGGCGGCCGAGUCCACGCAUCAUCUACUACUGCCACAUCGCCGGCCCAGAACGCGGGUGGCACGACCUCAUCACCGAAGGUGCAGCACUUCGUCUGGACAUCCCUUUCACUAGGCUGGUACCUCUCGCUGAUAUGGGGCUUCAUCUACGCGCAAGAUACUGCCGUAAAUCGUGGUAUCAAUGGGAUAUGGACCGGGACAAGAAUCAAAUUGUUCUCUGUUAUGGCUGGUUCGCAAGGGUCGGGCAUUAGCUUGGGUAGUCCGAAGGGAGCGGUUGAUGCAGUGGGGAAUGCUAUUGCCAUGAGGAUUGGGAGUCUGGGGUUGGGCAGUGGUGGAGGUGGAGCGAGAGAGAUGACGCCGACGACGCCUACGACGAGAGAAGUGUAA